AUGAGCCCGGAGACCCCGCUGGGUCAACUGUGCACCUAUUUCGAGACUGUUGUGGACAGAAGCAACUUAGGGGACCACGUGAACAAAGUCUUUGAAGAUCGCAGCGUCUUCGAAAAGGUUGUCAAGACUUUGGUGGUGGAACGCUUUGAUGCAGCAGGGACUUUGAGGCCAACAUUGAGCCUAGUUCCACAGACUUCCUUGCAAGAACUUUGGCUGCCGCUCCACCUCUUUGACAUCAGCCCUGAUGCCAAGAAUGGAUUCUACCCGCAGAACAGCCAGUUCGCUAAGCACUUUCGCGAAUUUCUUGGCGGAUACAUUCCGAGGGAAUGUGUGGAGAUCAAAUUUCCCUAUGCGCCCCCGUCUCGGGAGAUUGAAAGCUGUAGCAUUGGCUUCGUAGAUGGACAAACGAAAGUCCUGCUGAUGACGAGCAUCCUUGCAUUUAUCCAUGAAUUGGAAUGGAGCGAGGCCCAAGAAUUACAGAAUCCAGAUGUGCUCAAGAUGCUGGAGAGCUUCAGAUGGGUGAGAUGUUCUUACACAUUUUACUCAAAUCCCACGAUGCACUUCCUUCAGAGUUUGAAAAUCGGACACGUCUCUGCGGAGAAGACUUCUCCUUCAGCCAUCACCUUCAUGGCGGAUUUGAAGAUGUCGAUUGAGCUGGAAAAACGUCAAAUGCGACCAGGAUCUCGGCAAGCAACAAAAGACCUGCUGAACAAGGUAGUUGCCGAGUACAACCGGCUAUGCACGUUGAAGAGCCAUAGAAUCGAUCAACAAAAGAAGAUGAUGUGCUACAACAUGAUUGACAAUCCUAUCUAUGCUGGGAAGGACUUUUUCAGGGAGAUCCUGGAGGUGACAGAAGAGACCACACUACUUUGGGUCAAGCGGAAGAAUGCACAGCUGAACGAGCAGCAGCAUCUUCAGCUGUUCGAUGUGGUUUGUCUUUGGCUGCACUUGGUGCCAAAGAUGUCAGCUGAAUUUCCACAAGCCGUGAUGGACCAGCACUGGGAGCUCUUCAUGAAAGGGUCGCUGGAUGCUGAUUUGACCACAGUAAUGAAGAGUGCGGAGCCAUUCGACUGGAGGCGAAUCAAUUUCAUCCUGGAGGUGCGCGGAGUGACCUUAGAGACCUUCAUUUCCGAAGCCCAAGAUCGGCAGCGUAGCGCGCUAUCCAAAUCAUUGCAGGCGGCUUUCUUGGCUUGGCAGGAACAGUUGCAGAGCGAUCAAAUACAAUUUGAACAAGAGCUGAUCCUGAGAGAUGGUGAAAAAGAAUUCAAAGAAGAGGAUGAAGAGAAAUUCAAGGAUGAAAAGAAGGAGGAACCCAGCGAUGAUGAUGACAGUGAAAAUGAUGAGAAAGCAGCAGCAGAUGAUGUUGACGUCCGCGACGUCAGGUAUCAGAUGGAGAUACUUGGGCUUGCAGAACAAGCGGCAGGAAAUCGGGUGAUGUGCGCCUCCGUGCUUUUGGACUUGCCAUGCGAAGAAUUGAACAGUCGCAUCGCAAACCAGGUGCAUGAUGCAUGCCGGGCAGGUCAGCUCCAGCUACCAAGUUUCCCAGACUUUACCCCGAUAGUCACAGCGCUGAAGCAGGGCCCAAGUGAAGCGGUUGAGAAGAGCUACAAGGUAUGCAAGGUCGUCGACUCCAACAAACUAGCAGUGCUACAGCUGUAUGCCCAGCGAUGGAUCGAUGAAGAUCAAACAAGAGAACAGGCGACACAAAUCAUCAACGAUCACAACAGCAAGUUCAACGCGAAUGGAGAUUUCCUUCAAGGUGAAGCUCAGAGACUUUCUUUAAGGACUGAGAAAGUCAAGGAAGAGCCGGAAGCCAAACGGAUCAAGAUUGAGGACGCUGAUACGUGCACUGAAGCCGACAUCACAAAGUUGGUUGGGUCGCAAAAAAUGAAUCUGAACAAUUCUUCGGAGCUUCUCACGUGUGCUGAUGGUGCGACCCUGUAUAUCUUGUCAAAAGGCAAGAACGAGUUCCAACCACACAGGGAGCUGUUUUCAUUUGGAUCAGGCGAGUGGAGAUCUGGCAGCGAGGCGACAGAGGCCAUGGCUGACAGCAGUGGCAGGUGGUUCAAAUUUGUGGCAGCAAUGGAUUGCAUAGUCCUUCUUGAAAAGAAGGACAUUCCAGAACAUCUGACGCAGUGUCCUUCAGUGGACCGGCCAACAAUGCUGCGGAAACUGUUGCUUGAUCUGGAGGACUGCGGGGAGGUGAACUUGAAAGUGAGCCAUCAUGCCUUCAGUGGCACUGGAGAUCAGAAAGUCCUGCAGCCUGACAAGCCCCUGUGCUUUCUUCUUGAUGAGCGCAAGGGCGGUCAAGAUGAGGAAAAGAAGAAACCAAAGAAAGAGGGUAAGAAAGGCAAGCCAAAAAAGAAGGAUCAGCAAGUACCUACGUUUAAGAACUUUGGUGCUUUGCUGAACGUGGCAAAGCUAAAGGGUGUUUCAAAGAUGGUGAUUGGCUGGAGGAUGAGGUUGGAUUCAGCAGAUGGCUCCAAGACUUUGGCACCAAUCCGCCCGAUCUGCUGUCUAGCUGGCAGCUUGUCGCUCGAGCAAAGCAACGUUCGUCUCAUGGGCUGA